UGGUGAUUUACAACCAACUAGUGAUGGAUAUCUGUCUUCAGACUGUUGUGAAAGUGAGACUGAAGACAGUGAUGAUGGUCGAAACAAGACUAAAGAACCUCACUCAGGUUUGGACACAAUAGAGAACAAUGAAAUCAGUAAUGAGCAAUCUGCUGAGAAUAAACCCUUCAGAUGCUCAGUCUGUGGUAAAGAGUUUUCUAAAAGAGGAUAUAUGAAGAAACAUAUGAUAAUGCAUACAGGAGAGAAACCUUUCAGUUGCUCAGUCUGCGGUAAAGAGUUUUCUCAUAAACAUGUUAUGCAGUCACACAUGAGAACACAUACAGGAGAGAAACCUUUCAGUUGCUCAUUCUGUGGUAAAGAGUUUUCUAAAAGAGGAAAUAUGAAGAAACAUAUGAUAAUGCAUACAGGUGAGAAACCUUUCAGUUGCUCAGUCUGUGGUAAAGAGUUUUCUCAUAAAUAUAGUAUGCAGUCACACAUGACAACACAUACAGGAGAGAGACCUUUCAGUUGCUCAGUCUGUGGUAAAGGGUUUUCUGAAAGAGGAAGUAUGCAGAGACACAUAAUAAUACAUACAGGAGAGAAACCUUUCAGUUGCUCAGUCUGUGGUAAAGGGUUUUCUGAAAGAGGAAAUAUACAGAGACACAUGAGAAUACAUACAGGAGAGAAACCUUUCAGUUGCUCAGUCUGUGGUAAAGGGUUUUCUGAAAGAGGAAGUAUGCAGAGACACAUAAUAAUACAUACAGGAGAGAAACCUUUCAGUUGCCCAGUCUGUGGUAAAGGGUUUUCUCAAAGAGGAAGUAUGCAGAGACACAUGAUAAUACAUACAGAAGAGAAACCCUUCCGUUGCUAAGUCUGUGGUAAAGGGUUUUUUGAAAGAGCAAGUAUGCAGAGACACAUGAUAAUACAUAAAGGACACAAACCCUUCAGUUGCUCAGUCUGUGGUAAGGGGUUUUCCGAAAGGGGAAACAUGCAGAGACACACCAGAAUACAUACACAUGUGAUGGGAAGGGGGUUAGGGCCUUUUAAGCAUUCAUGAUUCUGUACAAUGUUUUCAGAAUAUGAAUAUGAUCACACUAGUAGGCAUGGUUCCCAUUAAAAGAAAAAUUAAGAUUUAUUGUCUCAGAUGCAUCUAUAUCUCAAUUUAUAUAUUCAAUAUAUAUAUUCAACUGGGGACCUCCAUCGACAGCAGGCUGACCUUCAAUGACGACACAAUAAGUAUUGUCUUGAGCUGCCAGCAGAUAACCUACCUGCUACGGAGACUGACGUGUCUGGGUGUAGCCCCUCCCAUCCUCUGCAGCU